CGAUUACUGGGCAGGCUCAGUCUUUCGCCUCAGACGCUAGCUGUAGCUGGCAGUCAGUCGUACGUGCUCCAGUGUCUUCAGUACCCGCGGGCGCCAUCGACGUCGCACGGGUUCCUCUAGGCUGAUCUGCACGUCUCGCGCGCCGCACUCUCUGUCGCCAUAAGCCGCCAUCAUGGUGAAGCUCGCAAAGGCUGGUAAAAAUCAAAGUGAGUCCAAGAAAAUGGCUCCUCCCCCAAAGGAGGUGGAAGAAGACAGUGAAGAUGAAGAAAUGUCAGAAGAUGAAGAGGACGACAGCAGUGGAGAGGAGGUUGUCAUCCCUCAGAAAAAAGGCAAGAAGGCUACAACUCCAGGAAAGAAAGUGGUGGUUUCACAAACAAAAAAGGUUGCAGUUGCCACACCUGCUAAGAAGGCAGCUGUCACCCCAAGCAAAAAGGCAGGAGCCACACCAGCAAAGAAGACAGUUACACCAGCCAAAGCAGUUGCAACACCUGGUAAGAAGGGAGCUACACAAGCAAAAGCAUUGGUAACACCCCUUAGUAAGAAGGGAGCUGUCACCCCAGCCAAGGGAGCAAAGAAUGGUAAAAAUGCCAAGAAAGAAGACAGUGAUGAGGAGGAUGAAGAGGAAGAGGAAGAUGAUAGUGAUGAGGAGGAAGAGGACGAGGAUGAGGAGGAGGAGGAAUUUGAGCCUGCAGUUCUUAAAAAAGUAAAAGCAGUGAAACCAGCAAAAGGGGCAAAAGCAACAGCACCUGCUCCUGCCUCAGAAGAUGAGGAGGAAGAUGAUGAUGAUGAGGAGGAGGAAGAUGAUGAGGAAGAAGAAGAUGACUCUGAAGAAGAAGCUAUGGAGAUCACGCCAGCCAAAGGAAAGAAAGCGCCUGCUAAAGUUGUUCCUGUGAAAGCCAAGGGUAUGACUGAGGAGGAGGAAGACGAUGAUGAAGAUGAAGAUGAUGAAGAUGAAGAUGAUGAUGAAGAGGAGGAAGAGGAUGAAGAAGAGGAGGAGGAAGAAGAGCCUGUUAAAGAAGCACCUGGAAAACGGAAAAAAGAAAUGACUAAACAGAAAGAAGCUCCUGAGGCCAAGAAGCAGAAAAUUGAAGGCUCAGAACCAACUACACCUUUCAAUCUGUUCAUUGGAAACUUGAAUCCUAGCAAAUCAGUUGCUGAAUUAAAAGUUGCUAUCAGUGAACUUUUUGCUAAAAAUGAUCUUGCUGUUGUGGAUGUCAGAACUGGUACAAAUAGGAAAUUUGGUUAUGUUGAUUUUGAGUCUGCUGAAGACUUAGAAAAGGCUUUGGAACUCACUGGCUUAAAAGUGUUUGGCAAUGAAAUUAAACUAGAAAAACCAAAAGGAAGAGACAGUAAGAAAGUUCGGGCUGCAAGAACUCUUUUGGCCAAAAACCUGUCUUUCAACGUCACUGAGGAUGAAUUAAAAGAAGUGUUUGAAGAUGCCAUGGAGAUUAGAUUGGUUAGCCAGGAUGGGAAGAGCAAAGGGAUUGCUUAUAUUGAAUUUAAGACAGAAGCAGAUGCGGAGAAAACCUUUGAAGAAAAGCAGGGGGCAGAAAUUGAUGGGCGAUCUGUUUCACUACACUACACUGGAGAGAAAGGUCAAAGGCAAGAGAGAGUGGGAAAGAAUAGCACUUGGAGUGGUGAAUCAAAAACUUUGGUUUUAAGUAACCUUUCCUACAGUGCAACAGAGGAAACUCUUCAGGAAGUAUUUGAGAAGGCAACUUUUAUCAAAGUGCCCCAGAACCCAAAUGGCAAAUCUAAAGGGUAUGCAUUUAUAGAAUUUGCUUCAUUUGAAGAUGCUAAAGAAGCUUUAAACUCCUGCAAUAAAAUGGAAAUUGAGGGCAGAACAAUCAGACUGGAGUUGCAAGGACCCAGGGGAUCACCUAAUGCAAGAAGUCAGCCAUCCAAAACUCUGUUUGUCAAAGGGCUGUCUGAGGAUACCACUGAGGAGACCUUAAAAGAAUCAUUUGAGGGCUCUGUUCGUGCAAGAAUAGUCACUGAUCGGGAAACUGGGUCCUCCAAAGGGUUUGGUUUUGUAGACUUCAAUAGUGAAGAAGAUGCCAAAGCUGCCAAGGAAGCCAUGGAAGAUGGUGAAAUUGAUGGAAACAAAGUUACCUUGGAUUGGGCCAAGCCUAAGGGUGAAGGUGGCUUUGGUGGCCGUGGAGGAGGCAGAGGAGGCUUCGGUGGCCGAGGUGGAGGCAGAGGAGGAAGAGGCGGAUUUGGUGGCAGGGGCCGGGGAGGCUUUGGAGGUCGAGGAGGCUUCCGAGGAGGCAGGGGAGGAGGAGGAGGAGGAGACUUCAAACCACAAGGAAAGAAGACGAAGUUUGAAUAGUUUUCUCUUUCUGUCUUUCCUCCUUCCAUUUGAAAGAAAGGACUCUGGGGUUUUUACUCUGUUACCUGUUCAAUGACAGAGCCUUCUGAGGACAUUCCAAGACAGUAUGCAGUCCUGUGGCCUACUUGGAAUCCAUAUAGAUAACAUUUCAAGAGAUACCCUGUUGGUUUUGACUGGAUAUUCAUACAAACUUUUUAAAAGAGAUGAGUGAUAGAGCUAACCUUAUCUGUAAGUUUGAAUUUAUAUUGUUUCAUCCCAUGUACAAAACCAUUUUUUUCCUACAAAUAGUUUUUUUGUUUGUUUGUUUGUUUUUUUGUUGGGGGUUGUAAAAGAAUGUUUUAUCAUGAUUUUUGCUUCAGUGACUUUAGGACAAAUUAAAAGUCCUAAACUCUGGUGCCAGACCUUGUAUUUCUUAAAUGUUUCUCUUGCUGAAGAUCCUGAAGAGCUUGGCAAACCAACUCUGCUAUCCAGGCCGACUUCACCCAGUGGAAAUUCUCAAUGCAGUGCUUAAUGCUUUCAAGAAUCCUUGCCAUAAAUGUGGAAAUAGUAGUUGGGGGAGGCCAACAGCUUCUGUUUAGCAUUGGUGGUGUCUGGUUCUUGUGUGUACUUCUUGCUUCUCACUGUGUGUGAACCUGCAGAGGCCAGCAGAGGGCAUGGGUCCCUUGGAACUGGAGUUACCGGUGGUUGGCUGCCAUGUGGGUGUUGGGAAUUGAACCCCUGUCUUCUGAAAGAAUGGCAAGGGCUCUUACCAAGUCCUCUCCAGCCCCUGCUUCUCAGUUUUUAUAAUAAAAAAGCCAUAUGACAA